CCGGCACUUCAAGAUAAGAUUCAUGCAACUUUGUGGAACUAUGGUAAAAGCAUCAUUGAAUUAUUAGAGACAAGUGACAGACAAUAUAUAGUUUAUUUUAUUCUUCCCUCACUUGAGGGUCUUGCCCGCGCGCUUCAAGUAUCACCUUUCCUUUACAAGCCUGAACAGCUUCAAAAAUUAUGUGAAAAUAUGCAGCCACUCAUUGUCGAUAAAACAUUGGAAAGUAUGAGAAAGGCUAUCGAAUCCAGUUUAAAUGAAGAUGAUAGCAAUGCCUACACGAGACAUGUGUUAGCCAACUAUUGGGAGACGGGAGUUCCUCUCAGUUCGAACCGGAUUAUUCACGAUUUGCUUAUAAUUUUGAGAAAUGUUACUGCUCGUGUCAUUACUCUAUCGAAGCCCAACAAUGGAAAGUCAACAGACACAUUCGAUUCGAAAAAGCUCUACCGUACUACCAACAUUGAAGCUGCUUGGUCCGACCUGAUGAAAAAAGUCGCUGAAGGUAUACGUCCUCAAGACAAUCAACUGACGGAGGUGGAUAAAAAGCUCAACAAGAAUCUACGCGGCAUCAAGUAACUGCAUUAUCAUCCGUUUAUCUACAUGAGGUGGAUGAUGUUUUACUCUCCUAUAUUGAGGGAAGUCUGUUUGAAAAUAUCAG